UCAGGGCGGAGAAAUCAUCUUGUUUUGAAGUUAUUGUCCGGUUACCGAGUAUGUUCUAAAUAGAGAUAAUGCUGUAAUUUAGCUAACGUUAGCCUGUUUGCUGCUAUACAAACAAAUUUCUCUGUUAAAGCUACAGACUGUGGUUGCAGUAGAUCUAUAGUGAAUUUUCUGCAGCUUUUGUUCUGUCCAAAAGAUUCUGCAUGCAUUCAUGCCUCCUGAAUCUCAUACCAGUCAAGCCCAGCCACAUGGUAGUGUGAGGACUCUGCAACAUGCCAGCAAGAUGUCUGACCGUGAUGGCCGACAGACAGAGCCGGCUGGGCUAGAUGGUCUGCCUCCACUCUACAGCAUUGCUAAAGGAGAGGUGGUGUCUGUGCAAACCUACGGAGCCUUCGUCAGACUGCCAGGAUACAAGAAGGAAGGUCUGGUACAUGUGAGCGAGAUGUCAGCCUCUCGUGUUGAGAGUGCCUCAGAGAUUGUGGAUGUGGGGGAACAGGUGUGGAUUAAAGUCAUUGGGAGAGAGAUUCAGGGUGACAAAGUGAAGCUGUCCUUCUCCAUGAAAUCUGUCAAUCAAGGAACAGGGCGGGACUUAGAUCCCAACAAUGUUAUGGCAGAUCAGGACGCAAGGAGACGUAAGCAGUUUAGAGAUCAAACCGGCAACAGGAUCACACUGGAAGCUGUGCUCAACACCACGUGUUCAAAGUGCGGGUGCAAGGGUCACUUUACAAAGGACUGUUUCUCUGCUCCGGGCUUGCAGUACGCGCUUGUGCCUGAAGAGGACGAUGAAGAGCCACAGCAGCAGCCGACCUCCACAGUUGCACCACAGAAAGACUCAGACAAAAAGAAGAAAAAGAAGGAAAAGAAAAUGAAGAAAAAGAAGAAGAGGGAGCGAAAGGAGUCAGACAGCGACAGCAGCAGCAGCAGCAGCAACGAAUGUAAGUCCAAGAGGAGGCGCCACGACCACAGCCAUGACAGAGAGGACAAAAAGAAGAAGAAACACAAAAAACACAAGUCGCACAAACACAGCUGAGACAACAGCGCAAACAGACACACAUCUACAGUCACACACACACUGCAGCUAACAGACACAACAGGAAGUGGAGAGAAACAGUGACUGACAUCCAGCUGUGUGUCCUUUAAUCACAUCUCCACCAACAGCUCAUUAUGGAAACAUUCAUGCAUUUAAGUUAAAAUUUCAAUUUCUGUCUCUCCAUAUUACUGGAAGCAGCUCUUGGAAAGUGCUGUUUAGGCAAAUAAGUAGGUCAUGUGACAAUCCCCACUUGCCCUGAAGUAACCUCUGGCUCCCCCACAGCGGGAAGAGUCUACACAUUAUAUGUAAUCUGAUAUUUGUAAGCAAUAUGGCAGCAAGUGGCCAUCCCUUUCCAGAUAUUGUGUACAGCUAUCCGGUUUCCAGUAGUUAUCUGGGGAAUUCAUUUAGCUGACAUGAGAGUAAAGCCGACUCUUUUAGUGGGGGUAGGGGAGCUGAAGAUCCUUUAAAUAACACACAUACAGACAAAGCAACACACACAGGAAAAAGUUGACACACAAAUGGGAAGUGUAGCACGGCACAUGUAAGUGAGCGUAACAGGAUCCUCAUAAUGUAGUGACAUCCUGAGGUAGUGAGCCACUUACUGUGUGUUUGUGUGCAUUUACACAUGUGUUUUACCUACUGGGGAACAUCACAGCACACACACAACCUUCUUCCUGCAUGUCAACUGUUAACUCCAUUAAAGCUGUCUUUGUUUGUAAAGGUAACAAAACGCCUCUUGACCUCUUUGUUUGAGGACCUUCAAGUCGUAAUGUUGCUGUCAAGGUCAGUCCUUAAGGGACCAAAACGCACAAACACACAUUAGAAAUUCUCCGUCUGGGUCUGCUCCACCCAGGGGUCAUAUUAAGUUAAUGUUUUCAAGUCAGGUGGGUGUCUGAGGGUUUUAUGCAGCACAGAUCUCAGACUGGGUUAUGUCCCAUGUGGUCAAGGUUGCAAAACCAUGGAGUGACUUUUUGUUUGUUAGAAAGGAGAAAGACAAGAUAAAAGAAUGUCAGAGAAUCAACAUUUUGUAUCUUGUGUACUACUUUGACCUAGUUUCAGGCUUCUGCUUGUGGGAUUGUAGUGUGAUAGAUUGUUUUCAGCUGCAGUGGUUUGAAACCGCUCCAGUGCUCUCCAUCGGCAUUGACUCUGUUCACACACAAGGAUCAAUCACAAGGAUCUUCUUCAUUUUCUUACGUUCUCCUGUCUCUUGCUUUAACCAGACAGAUGUGUAACAAAUUUAAUAUGAUCUCAAGCCAGCACAACCAGAAGCUGCAUCUGUUCACAAUGAAUUACAUUAUUUGAUCUGA